UUUUCUCUGUCCAGAGCUCAUUCACCAAGAUGUGCGCCUAGUUGAAGGAGCCUCUCCACACCCGGUCCCCACUGCAUGCCUUAAACUUUCUAAUGAAAUCCAUACACACUUUUUGACAAACAUAACUUUUCCUUAGAGAUCAAGAGGGUUUCUGACAAAUCACUUCGUCUUUUGUAUUAAGAAGAGAACUUCAGAACAUGGAGCCCAGUUCCACAGAGGGAGGAGCUGAGGAGAAGGCCAUUAAAAACCACCCAACAAAUCCUCCUCACAAAGUGGUACGCAAACAUGGCCAAGAGUUGGAGGAAGAGCAGGAGGAGCUGGCUGAGCAUCAACCUCUAGAGCAGGAAGACCUGAACUUUGAGAGAUGGAAGCGCAGGCCGGUUCCCGAGAGGACGCUCCACCAGAAAAUAGCCGACUUGAAGACGUACCUGUGGAAUGCAGAAACCAACGAAUUCAUGGGUCGCUCUGGAAAGAGCUGGAGUCUCAUCCUGCUCUUCUAUGCUGCACUUUACGCAUUCCUUGCAGCCAUGUUUGGCGGAUGCUUGUUUUGCCUCAUGUGGUCCAUUAGCCCCUACCAUCCCACAUACAACGAUAGAGUGAUGCCACCUGGUAUGACGAUGGCCCCUCACCUAGAAGGCCAUGACAUUGCUUUUAACGCAUCCGACCGCAAAUCAUGGAAGAAGUACGCCCGGUCGAUGGAUGAAUUUCUAAGACCGUAUAAUGACGGGGCACAGGACAGGAAGAAUAUUCGCUGCACACAUGACGCGUACUUCAUGCAGGACGACUUGGAGGAAAGUGCAGAGCGGAAAGCGUGUCAGUUCAAGAGGUCCUGGUUGGGGGACUGUUCAGGGCUGCAGGACCCACACUAUGGCUAUUCUCAGGGAAGGCCAUGCGUCCUACUCCGAAUGAACCGGAUUCUGGGUUACUUACCUGGCCAGGGAAAACCAAUAAAUGUGACUUGUGGAGUUAAGAAAGGGUCAGCAGAAACUUUAGGAGAAGUUCAAUUUUUCCCCAGAAGCAUUUUUGACUUGAAGUACUAUCCAUACUACGGGAAGCUUAGACAUGUGAACUACUCUUCUCCGGUGGUGGCUGUGCGUUUUGCAGGAGUGCAGUACGACACUCACAUCCAGGUUCAGUGCAAGCUGAACGGAAAGGGAAUCAUCAACGAUUCGCCAACUGACCGCUACCUGGGAAGCGUGACCUUCUCCCUGGAGGUUGGAGCGUGAGGGAAAGACAUCCCUGCCAGUCAGGUGCUCCCGCACUGAGGCAGGACAAAAGUCCAAGAAAAUAAUUGUUUUGAACCUUUAUUUCCACUUUUCUCUUUUCUAAUAAUUCUCUUAAUAACAGCAGUGAAACGAAAUCCUCAAAAAGUGUACUCUGCUAAAUCUUUGGAGCAAGCCUUUGACACCCGGAGCCGCAGCAAACAGUGGGAGUUUCAGUUCAGCUCCUCAUAUUCUGUAAUGAUUAGCUAAGUGAAUUAACGUAAUCACAUUUCGCCCACUAGUUAUCCUCUCCGGCUAUGCAAAUUCAGUUAUGACCUAACCAUUAGUAAGGAUUUAGAUACUUUGUCAGGUAAACAAUUGUUUUUUUGGGUGCAGUUUCUUGUGACCAAGUGUACUAACUAGUUUUUCUUCAUAUUUUUCAGAAAAAAAUGUUACAAAUUCAAAAAACCAUCAAAUAUUGAAAGCACGACUUGUACUGUACUUACACAGUAAAAAAGAUGUACCUGAUCACUGUAUUUUUUUAUAGAGUAGUAUUAUGAAUUUAAAAUAAAAUAUCCACUUUUGUAAAAAAAAAAUGUUGAAAAUGAGAUACUACAGAACUGAUCAAUAAAGAAAAGAAAAACUGUGAUAUAAGUAGUUUCUAAACUGUCUGUCCACUAUUUUAAAAGAAACAUAACUGUCCUGUUGUAGUGUUAAUGCUGCCUGACAUGCCACCUUUGUAUUUAUUCCUUUUACAAGGCUUAUAAUAAAAAAUCAGUGUUCUGGAA